AUGUUGCAGUACUAUCAUAAAACCCUGGUCAAAGAAUACAAAGGUGUAGAUUUUCCUAGAAAAAUGUUUCGUUUGCAGACUUUUGACUCAAUCAAGAGUCUAGAAGGAAUUGAUCCAAAGGUUUUGAUUGAUGUCAUUGGUCGUGUGGUGCAAAUCUUCUCACCAUUGGAUAAGCUUAUCAAUGAGAGGCCUUCUAAACUGAUCGAUUUUGUAAUCGAGGAUUUAAAGGGCAUUCAACUGAAAUGUACAGUAUGGGAUCAGCAUGUGGAAAAGGUCAUGCCCUUUUGCCAAUCUGACUUAAAAGAACCAGUCAUUGUGCUUAUUCAAAUGUGUAGGGUUAAAGUGCCAGAAAACAGUGGAGAAGUCAAAAUUUGUAGCUCCUAUGAUGCAACCCAACUGUUGUUUAACCAUGACUGUGAUGAGUUUACUGAUUUCAGAGACAGUGUUUCUUUUUAUAAUUGUCAACAUGCUUUGUAUUAG